UAUCAGAGUACACUGCAGCUCUGGGGUCUUAUUUACCUUCAGGCCUGACAACUUGGCCAUAGCCAUAAGAGUAUCUCCAGUAGGAGAAAAAGGGCUUACUUUGCUCAGAGAUAAAGUAAGGAAAGGGAUUGGCAACGGUCGAAAAAAUGUGACUAUCCGUGAUGCCCAACGUCAUCGACUUUUUUUCAUCUUUUGUACCCUCCAUUUUAAUAGGAGAGCAUAGAGCUAGAGGUCUACCUGUGCAAUCUAGCAUGAACAAGCUCCUGACAAGCUCCCUGCUAUUUGUGGUGGUUGGCUAUCUGGCCUUUCAGUUACUGACAUGGACUCCACGACAUCUUCCCUACAAAGCAGUGCUGACAACAGAAUUUGACUAUGUGAUAGUGGGUGCUGGUUCUGCUGGGAGUGUACUAGCCAACAGACUCAGUGAAGAUGGAAACUCCUCAGUACUCCUCAUUGAAGCAGGACCUCAUGACUCUAUGCACGAAAUACACAUUCCUUUGGCUUGUCACAUGCUGCAACUCACUGACAUUGACUGGCAAUAUAGAACAGCUCCACAGAAACAUUGCUGUGGCAUACUCAAGUCUAAUAGCUCAGCUUGGCCACGAGGAAAAGUAAUCGGAGGUACCGGAGCUAUAAACGGUAUUGUAUAUACGAGAGGAAAUCGCGAGGACUAUGAUCGAUGGGUAAAGUUGUAUGGGGCAAGUGGAUGGUCGUAUGAAGAUGUAUUGCCGUACUUCAAGAAAUCUGAGGACUUUCGAUUGACCACCGGUGAUCAAGAGUUCCACGGUAUAGGGGGGCCAUUGAUAGUGGACAAAGCCAAGUACGUUACUCCAGCAGCUAGAGCUUUUGUUGGUGGAGCCAAAGAAAUAGGAUUCAAAGAGAUAGACUACAACGGACAUUCUCAAAUUGGAGUUAGCUUGACACAACAGAACAUCAAGAAUGGAGCCCGGUGGAGCACAGCUCAAGCCUUUUUGCACCCUGCCCGACGACGCCCUAACUUGUUUGUACUCACAGAGAGAACUGUGCGAUCGCUGGAGACGAGUGAUGGAAGAGUGACUGGUGUAAGGCUGAUGGGGCCGCGUGGGGGUGUGGAAACUGUGAUAAGAGUGAGGAAAGAGGUUGUGUUGUCAGCUGGAACAGUGGGCUCUCCACAUAUUCUUUUGCUUUCAGGAAUCGGACCAAAGGAACAGCUCAAAACUGCUGGUAUACCACUAAAAAAAAAUCUCCCAGUCGGGCAAAACCUACAAGAUCAUGUCAUGACUAAUCUUCUCUUUGCUACUGAUAUUCCAUAUCAUGCUGGACUCUCUUUAACCAAACCAUUUGUCGAGACAUUGCCAAAUAUUGCCAAAUUUGUUUUUCUGGGUGAUGGCCCCCUUUCAGCAUCUCCUCUAGAGGCGCAUGCGUUUGCUCAAUCAGGAAUACAGGAGAACGCUGACUCACGGCCUGACAUUCAGUUCAACUUUGCUGGAGGGGGAGCUGACCAUAAAAGUUUAUUGAACGCUAACAUGGACGAAGAAAAAGUGGCCGAGGUCAUGGGGCGUGAGCUUAUUAGUGAUGCCCCCAUCACGGCAGCAACCAUCCUACCUUGUCUUCUGCAUCCAAAGAGUGUCGGUGAGGUGCGGCUAGACCCAAAAGAUCCAUUUGGACACCCGAUCAUUGAUCCCAACUAUCUUAGCCACCCUGACGAUGUAGAGGUACUACUCAAGGCUGUACGUAUUGCUCAGAGAAUCCAAAACUCCUCGUCAUUUGAUAUCUUCAGAUCUGUUGGGGAAAUGUGGUGUGUUGCUGUGAAUGCUAAUAGUUCAUAUGACUAUGACAGUGAUGAUUUUUGGAGAUGGUACAUAACUCAGACAGUGCUGACUGUUUACCACCCAGUGGGCACGUGCAAGAUGGGCGUUGACUCGAGCAGUGUUGUGGAUCCAAGACUAAGAGUACACGGCUUCACAAACCUCAGAGUAGCAGACGCUUCAAUCAUGCCUGAGAUUAUCAGUGGAAAUACAAACGCUCCUGCGAUAAUGAUUGCUGAGAAGGCAGCAGAUAUGAUCAAGAAAGACAAUAUUAUUUAGUUAGGGACACGUGUCUACUUCUACUUCUAGUUUCAGUCCAGAAGACAAAAAUUAAUAAUCGGCCGCUGUAAAGGAUCUGCAAUGAAAUGCAUGAUUAUUGUGAAUUCAAGUGAACUUCAUUCGCUCUUUUCUUUUUGCAGGUAGUCAUCAUACAGUUGCUGUAAAUUAAUUCGUGUGCAUGUAGAUC